AUGAAAAAUAGGACAUCAAUUACAGAAUUUAUUCUUCUGGGAAUUACAGAUGAUCCAGAGCUACAAGUUGUCACAUUCUUCUUUAUGUUGCUCACAUACUUACUGAGUGUAAGUGGAAACAUGACUAUCAUUGUAUUAACAUUGUCAAAUGUUCAUUUGAAAACUCCCAUGUAUUUUUUCCUCAGGAAUUUCUCUUUCUUAGAAAUUUCAUUUACAACAGUCUGCAUCCCUAGGUUUCUGAUUAGCAUUGCUACAGGGAAUAAAAUUAUUUCCUAUAAUGCUUGCAUGACACAAGUAUUUUUUAUGAUCCUUCUGGGGGCGACAGAAUUUUUUCUUCUGGCUGCAAUGUCCUAUGAUCGCUACGUGGCCAUUUGUAAACCUCUGCAUUAUACAACUAUCAUGAACAACAAAGUCUGCAAUUAUCUUAUAAUCACCUCCUGGUUAGCUGGUUUCCUCAUCAUCUUCCCCCCAGUGAUUAUGGGCCUCCAACUGGAAUUCUGCAACUCCAACAUUAUUGACCACUUCUCCUGUGACUCUUCUCCCCUGCUGCUCAUUGCCUGCACAGACACAAAGGUCCUAGAGCUUAUGGCAUUUUUCUUAGCAGUGUUCACACUCAUGGUCACUUUGGCCUUAGUGAUUCUCUCCUACAUGCUUAUUCUAAGAACAAUUCUGAAGAUCCCCUCUGCCCAGCAAAGGAAAAAGGCCUUUUCCACUUGUUCCUCCCAUAUGGUUGUGGUUUCUAUUUCUUAUGGAAGCUGUAUGUUUAUGUAUGUAAAAACAUCUGCCAAAGAGCGUGUGGCUCUAAACAAAGGGGUAGCUAUACUUAACACUUCUGUGGCUCCCAUGCUGAACCCCUUUAUUUAUACAUUAAGGAACCAGCAGGUCAAACAGGCUCUUAAGGAUUUCACAAAAAGAAUGUUAUCAAACAAUCACUAA